AUGCUCCUGCACGCAGCAUCGCCGAUCGCAUUUCGCUCGGACCAGCUUGCUAUGAUGCCGCGCCUUUGCAAGGCCUGUGCUUUGCAAGGGCCUAUGUUCUUACAAACGUACCGGCACCACAGGGUGCGCCAUGCUGCGGUGAUCGCCUCUGCUGCCGCAUGCCUCUUGGGCAUGCGCCUGUCUCCCCUGACCUCGGCCUUCGCCGGCUCUGGCUCCUGGCCGAAGCAUCGGCAGUGGACCCGCCGAUAUGCGGAGGCAGCGACGGCAGCGACCUCUUACAAGGUGCUGGUUCCCAUCGCGGAGGACUCGGAGGAGCCUGGGCUGCUUUUCGCUAGCAUUCCAACACCAGAAUGCCGGGCUUGGGACUUUCGUGCCGUUUAUGCCAGCAAACCUGCCUUGCUGGGUCAGCUGAAGCUGAUUGGAAUUGGAGAAAUCGAGACAGCUUGCAUCACGGAUGUCCUAACCCGAGCUGGCGCGGACGUGACUGUGGCAAGUGUCAGCGGCGCGUUGCAGGUGCGCAUGUCCCGCGGGCUGAAGGUAGUGGCAGACAAGAGCAUCGAGGAGUGUGCCGACCAGCAGUGGGAUGUUAUCGCCUUGCCAGGUGGCAUGCCUGGCGCGGAGCACCUGCGUGACUCGCAGAUUCUCGUAGAUUUGCUCAAGGUGCAGAAAGAGAGCGGCCGGUUGACUGCAGCAGUGUGCGCCAGCCCUGCCGUGGUCUUCGCCCACCACGGCCUCGUCGAUAAUUCAGCCACCUGCUACCCGGCACCGAAGUUCAAAGAGCUGGUGGGCCCCGGCUGGCAGGACGCCAAGGUGCUCGGCAAGGGGUUGGAGGACGUUUGA